AUGUUUCAACGUGACAACAAUGGGCUUGCCACCAAUGGCACCAACAGAGAGUUUUUCGAGCAGGAAUCAAGAUCCGAUUACACAGACCCUGAUACCCAUGCCGUCAGCAACCAACUACGACGCCAACUUCACGACGCGCCCAGAAACCACUCCAUGAUGAUUUAUUCACCCGAGUGCUGUCCUGACAAGCGGUGGUCCGACUUUCCCGGGCAUGUUCGAUGCAACGCGACCGGAAUUUGCUGCAUUGCCAUGUGCCAACACGAGCCAAGCUACCAGCCUCCCUGCUGUACCAAUCACUUCCAAGAUGAUUACGUGGGAAAGGUCCGAUGUGAUGACCAUAACCGGUGCUGUCGGGCUCUGUGUCAGGCAUUCCCAGUACCGCCGCCGUAUCCUUGGUCGUGGUACACGCCAGCGCCCUUGACGGAUCCACCCGCUACCAUGUCUCCCACAUCGACCCCCACUCCUCGUUUGACCAUGGCAUAUCUGCCCGGAGGACAAUCUUUUCAAGAAGAGACCGGCGCCUGGCCUGUCAAUAUGGAUCAGGAACAACACUGGACAUACACCAUCCAGUCCAAUGGGACGCUGCGGGAACAGGGACUUUUCAUGUUGGGAAAUAUCUACUCCAUGAUUGACCUCGUCGCGUGCAGUAACAAUGGUGCCACAACCACUGUUGACAUUCAAUUUCGUCCCAAUGCCAACGUGACUGUGGAGGCUGUAGAGUACAUAGUCGACCGGGUACCCAUCAAUGCUGCCUUAGUUGUCAACGGGGACAUGUUUGGAGGAUGCAAUUUCUUUCCAAACGACCAGGAUGAACACCUGAACGAUGAGUUGGACAAGUUUCUCGUUAUCGAGAACAUAGUAGCCUUCGACGAUCAUAUUGUCUUUUCCGGGCGCCCAACGACGUUCUUUGAUAUGUUUCAAGAACUGAGCAUGCGCAUCCGACCGAUUCCGGCAAAUUACUUUAUUGAUUCGGAUGCGGAUCCAUGCCGAAACAUUGACAACGAGUUCACUUCCGCAGACAGUGGCCCUGACAGCAACAGCGGAGCAAACCUGGACAUGCAAGUGCACUCUCACAUUUGUUCCUCGAAACGCAUUUCAGCCACAAUCCAAUACUCACCAUCCCAUCUCCUACAAGUCGGAUUGGACCUCGACUACAAUUUUUCCGUGCACACCUAUAAAAUGAACGUCACGGCAGAGCACGACGGACUGAUUGGACUGUUGCAAGUGGAACGGGAUCUCGAACUAGAGGAGACGUCAGUGGCAUUUCCAGUCAUGGGCAUUCACCGGAGCUUUCGGCUGACAAUGGAUGCAACCUUCAAGACGAUGAUGCAAUCCAUGCCCAGUUUCAACAUGUCCAUAACGGGCCAAACGAUCAAAGUAGUAAAUGGAGCCGUGAGGUGGGAUUUGUCGGUGGAUUUGCGCGAUCCAGCAUCCACCAUUGACGUGACGGUCCAACACACCAGUCCAAUCAUCGUCGCCAACGUUUUGGAGACGAACAGCAGCAACAGCUCAUCACUGAUGUUCCAUGUGAUGGAAGAAGAAGAAGCUAUUCCCAGCUAUCUGGAUGCCUUUGUUGGUUUUGAACCAACCAUUACAGCCUAUCUGGAACAGUUGGAGGUUGUGGUGAAGCCCAACGUGGGAUACUUCAUCCGAGGCAAAAAAAGGGACAACAGCAGUAUUUCUUAUCAACCCAUAACGUCUGGUGACGUUGAGGAGCUCUUCGGAAUCUGCGACAGGCCCCACUACUUUCAAGCCUCUCUGGAUGCUGGAAUGCAAAAUGUCCAACUGAUAUCAAAGCUGGAGUUUCUCAGAGGCGACCAGCUCCAGCAGGAUACUAGCCACCCGUACGCAACUUAUGCCAAAAAAGACAAACUCGACAACGACGACUUGAUCCUGGAGGAGUUGGCAAUGAUAUGCCUCGUUCCCGCAAAGGCAAAGGCAAAGUUGGGCUAUCACCUGUGUGACAAUGGUUUCAGUGUACCUCAUGGGGCCUGUUGCCCCGACACGGAACAGCGUUGUUUCGGUGAAUGCAUUGGCAAGGACGAAUGUUGUGGAGACGUUGCAGGCGAUGGAUCUUGUGUCAACAAGAACAAGGGUGAAUGCGUAUUGGGAAAUGGAUCCAUUGGAAAGCACACUGUGAUGUGUGGCUGUAUUGACCCGGCGACGGAGGUUUGCUGCAGCGACGGUCAAAAGCAUGUUGGGUCGUGUAUUUGUGCCUAUCACGGUGGAACGUUCUGUGAUGAUCAGCAGGCUUGCUGUCCUUUGUUUGGCCAGAUCGAUUCUGGGCUGUGUUACAAUCCCGCGACGGAAUGCUGCCGCACGCUGCGUGAAAGUCGCUGCCUCGAUGGCACUUGCAAAAAAUGCUGUGACGAAAACAGAUGCGAGAUUGGUGGUAGCUGUUGCGCUGAUCCUGGCACGAAGUGCUGUAAUGGAGCCUGCAUUCCGGUAGACGAAUGCUGCGGGGAAGGCUGCUGUGAGGGUCAGUGUCCUGACGGAUCCUGCCGUGUCGAUGGAUGCUGUUCUGGCGAUCUUUGUUGUGCCUCGGAGUGCGCCUGUCAGGACAAGAUUUGUCACGAAGCCUUCGUGGGUCCACACAUCACGACCUUUGAUGAUUACUCGUACUAUGUGGGAGGCUUUGGGGACUAUGUCUAUGCAAGAUCUCUAGACUCUGCCUUCGAAGUACAGGGAAGACUGGAGCCGGUUGGUGUUGGUGUCUCUGUCGUAACGGGUGUGGCUGUGUUGCCUGGUCCCGGCAGUGGAGUUGUUGAGAUUUCAUUUGUGGACUUCAAGCAAAGCACCGACGUCAGAGUUUUAGUCAGCGGGGACGCCGUCGACCCUGACAGUGGCUACGACAAUAAUGUCACCACAGUGAUGAAACUUGAUGCGAACAGCUUUGGCAUUUUCAACAAGCAAUCUGGCUCUGCAGUUUUUCUUGAGUACGGCGACUUCAGUGGGUUCAAGUUUCGCGUUCGAAUACCGCCGAAAACCACGACUGUGGUUGGGCUUCUCGGGAAGCCCGAUUGGGAUGCUACGAAUGAAUGGAUGGAUGCUUUUGGUAACCAGCUACCACAGCCAAUCGGAGGAGGGUACUCUAGUGAUGCCCACAUGUACGGUCAGGAGCACUGGUGUAUACGGGACAAUCGCGACUCUCUCUUUGCUUACGAAAGUGCAACGGGCUACGAAGCGUUUGGGGACUGCGAUAAACCUCCAGGAUCGUUUAACUUUACAGGUGCAGACGACAGCCUGGAAUGUCUUUGCGAUGGAAACUAUGCUUGUCAGAUGGACAGGAUCCUAUUCGGUAUUGACGCGGCUCUGGAAACUCUGGACUUUCAAGCACGUGUAUUCCAGCAGCGAGGGAUAUUGAGUUUUGCCCCCAACCAAAUACCAGCCGCAACGCCGACGGUGGUAGUCGUGACUGUUGAUUUGAGAGGAGAGGCCAACUCAACUCUCAGGACCGUAUCCUCUUUUGUGCUUUACCAAAUCAGCGUGGACAGCCGGGAGAAUACAACAGGUGCGCUGGCAGAGCUACUUGACUUCGGAUCGGGUGCCGACCUGGUUGAAGGAGACCACGUGUACUCCGGUGUAGUCAUGGUGGAUGCCAACAGCACGGUUGGUUUUCAGGCAUUGCCAGUAUUUGACGGCUCAGUCAGCACCGAUUUGGCUUUACGAACCUUCGCAGCCAUCCAGGUGGUGAAAGGUGUGGUUUCGCCAGAGAUGAAGGACUGCAAAGCUAGCACCAAUCAAUGCAUCAAGAGAUCUUUCUUCUGCCUUGGUGGCCAGCUGGGAUGCACAAUGACCAACAUCACCUGCGGAUCGAACGUCUCUAGCUGUGACCCAUUUGAUGGUCAGUGCAGGCUGCAGGACGAACUUGUACCGUGUGUUGCUGUCAUUGACGAGGACAGCAGUUUCCGCACGAAGGAAUUGAUGUGGCAAGCCUUCCGCAAAGCUUACCCCAACAGGCCCUUCUGCCUCUUGGUUCCUAAUCGAGAAAUUUAUGGUACGGUAGACUUGCCCGGCACCUUUGCCGAAGACAACCGAACCACCUUUCACUACAAUGUGAUUCGUGACGAUGGAGACUCUGCCUUGGCUCAAGAUUGGGCAUCCUUUUGUGGCCUCAAUGAGUACACUGCCGGGAAUGCGGAUCGGGUUGCUCUCUUUAUUGACAGCACUGGGAGUUUGAAAGAAAGCCAAGUAUCUGCUUCACGGGAUAAGUUCAUUGAUCAACUGAAUGUGUCCGGUAUACAAGUGAGCAGAGUGUACAACAAGCAGGAAAACUGGAUCCGUCCUUUUAUGCAAUCGUUCGUGCCUUGA